AUGAUCGCAGACGAUCUCCGGCCGACGCUUGGCACGUACGGAUCGACCGAGAUCCACUCGCCCCACAUCGACGCGCUCGCGGCGGACAGCGUCGUGUUUGAGCGCGCGUACUGUCAGGUCCCAACCUGCGGAGCCUCUCGCGCGAGCAUGCUGACUGGGCUCUACCCGACCCCGGAGCGCUUCUUGCAAUAUGACUCGUUCGCGUCGCUUGAAGGCCCCCCUGGCAUCCCAGAUCUGCCGGCGACGCUUCAGGCCGCCGGCUACACGACCAUCUCGAACGGCAAAAUAUACCACAACCGCGACGACAAUGUGGCGUCGUUCAACCAAAUCUGUGGGCACGGUGGGACGGGCGGGAUCACAGAGAGCGAGCACUUUCCUGGCGUUUGCCGGUGGCAGGAUGGGAUGUGCUGCCUGGAAUCGCUCACGGAGCCGCCUCCUCAGGCCCCUGCGGUCCUUCGUUCACACAACAGUGGAAGGCCUGACCACCCGUACGAUGGGCUACCUGCGGAGGUAGAGGAAGAGGACGGGGAGGAUUGGGACGACUACACACGAUCGCGGUGGGGGUGCUUUGGGUGUAAUAAGCCGGCGUUCCGAAUCAUCGAGACCAACGGCGACGACUUCAGAACGGCUGGGCUGCCCGAUGGCAAGAUGACUUUGAAAGUGAUCAAAGAUCUGAGGCUAGCACAUGCCACCAAGACGCCCUUCUUCAUCACCGUGGGCUUCUUCCGACCGCACCUGCCCUUUGACGCGCCGCGGAGAGACUGGGACCUCUACAACCGCAGUCAGCUCCCGCUGGCGGAGUUUGACCAGCUGCCGGACGGUGCCCCGCCUCGCUCGCUCAACUUCUAUGAGCUUCCCGUCUACAAAGACAUUCCGCCGUAUAGUAUCGGGAACCAUCUGCCCGAAGACCUGACGCGCACGCUGAUCCACGGGUACUAUGCGAGCAUCACCUAUGUGGACCGGCUCGUUGGCUACAUCAUGGAUGAGGUCAAGUCGCUCGGCAUGUACGACGACACGAUCAUCAUGCUUGCCAGCGACCACGGCUACCAGCUCAAUGAUCACGGCACGUGGUGCAAGCACUCGCUGUACGAGAAGGCGCUGCGCGUGCCGCUAAUGAUCAAGGCGCCCGGCUUCCGCCCCUCGCGCGUGCAAGCGAUGGUGGAGAACCUCGACAUCUACCCCACGCUGCUCGACCUCAUCGAGGUGCAGCCGCCGGCGCACCUGCAGGGGGAGAGCCUGGUCCCGCUCCUCCGCGACGCGCGCGCGCAACACAAGGACGCGGUCUUCGCUCGCUACCUCGACGGCGACACGGUCCGCUUCCCGGAGUACGCAUACAGUGAGUACUGCUCGAGGACCUGCACGCAGAUCCCGGCCUGCAGAGCGUCUUGCGCAACCAUCCACCCAACGGACCGCAUGCUCUACAACCACACGCUCGACCCCUUCGAGACCGCCAGCCUCCAUGCCGAUGGGAAGCACGGCGCCGUGGCCAACGUGAUGGGCCGGGUCCUUCAGCAACACCGGCGGGACCGCGAGCGAGUAGCAGAGGUUUAG